AUGGCUUCAAUCUCAACAUCCCAUCGUUCCCCUACUUCUUCUUCCCCCCGUCCCGGCGGCGCAGCAGCAGCACCCCCUCCUCCUACAAAUACAGCCUCGACCGCAGACGCACCCGGACCGUCGAUAUUGCAUCCCGCCCACUCCCUCCUCAGCCGCGCCCACUCUCCAGACACGGCGACGCGGAUCUUCACCGACAAAGUAAAAAACAAACCGCUCUUCGUGGCGUCGACAACGACGUCCGACAAACGCGCACUGCGGCGCCACAUCCGGCUACGCAAGAAGGAGUAUUAUCUGCGCAAACGGCGGCCGAGGCCACUGAGCGCGCGCGAAAAGCGGGACUUGGGUGUUUUCGACCUGAAAAAGGAGGAGGUCGAGUAUGACGUGUAUAGAGGGUUACAUGAGUUGUGGAACGGGUAUAUGCUGGAAAUAUUGGGGUAUCAGAGUGGAAAUAGUGGGAGGAAGGCGGAUGGGCAGAAAAUACAGCAGAACCAGAACCAGCACCAGAACCGAGGAAAGGAACAGAGUCUGAAGAAAGGGAACGGGAGCGGGAACGGCAAAGAGCAGGGACAGAGACAGGGACCUCAACAACAACGACAACCUGCCACCACCCCAAUGUCUACGUUAUCAUCGAAAGUCAUCACCGCCCAAAGUCACGGCAGUCUUCUAGCCAGUGCGGAUUUCCAUGGCGCUGAGGUCGAAGUCGUGCGUUGUGCCGAUCCAGGCAGAAUCGGCACCAAGGGGAUCGUGGUCAGAGAUACAAAGUUCACUUUCGUCGUCGUGACGCCGCGGAAUCAGGUCAGGACGCUGCCAAAGGAAAACACGGUGUUUCGGUAUGAAGUCUGUCUGCCUCAGCCGGCACCUCUAGACGCAUCUCUGGCAACAGCUGGACAGGCCGAGCCUGUAAUUGAUGGACAUGAACAUGAUGACAAUGACAAUGACGCCGAGGGCCACGAGCGACAGCCACAGCUACAGCCUCAACGACUGGUGUUUGAAAUACACGGAAAUCAAUUCGAGUUCAGACCGGCGGAACGGGCGAACAGGAAAUUCAAGUGGAAAGCUAUGGAGUACUUAUGA